GUCUGUACGUGUGCACGCUUGCAUUGCGAACUGAGUUAUCCCCUUGACCCUACUACGCCCUUUCCUCCCUUGAGAAUUACGCUGUCCCUUCGCAAUCUCUCCUCCUUCUUCCUCGUCCUCGGCCUCGUCCUUGCCCAAGCCUGGCCAAUCCACACAUUCGACCACCUCCUCCUUGUUUUUCACCUGGUGCCUCUACGCCUCCCUGACACCUUCCGUCGUGCGUGCAAGGCCUUCUGCUGCCUCGUUCUCUGCACGCUUUCCGUUCUCAGCCACCCAGGCCCUCUCUGCGAGCCAAGGACAGUGCUUGAAACCGUCGCCCCAUUCUUCGUGUGCCAAUUUCACCCACCGACAGCGACAGCAUUGUCUUUCCCACCGAGGUACAUAGCACGGGCUCAACGCACGAUACCUUCUCAGCAACCAUGAGCGAAGAUGAGAAGGUCACUUUUGGCGCAACUGUUGAAAGCCGACCGGCGCCUCCGCCUCUGUCGCCGUCGAAACCGAACUCUAUGACGGAUGCACCUCCGAGUCCCCUGACGACGACGUCUUUCACUCCCGCUCACGAGUCUGCCGACCCCUUCGAUCCGCCAUGGACACAGGGCGGUCCCAACAGAGCGUCGGCAGACCAUAAGCAACCUCACAUCACCACUCAUGAUCUAGAAUCGCAGCGCGAGCUGGGCCUCGCGCUGACGGGCUCGUCUCGCACAGGAUGCAAGAGGAAAGAGGACAGCAUGUGGCCAAGUCUGAAGACGCAGAAGGCUAGGGCCAAGCAGCAGAAGCGAGAAAAGAGCUGCAACCCCAUGGCAAGGAUGGGCAGGAAGCAAAAACUCAUUGCUACUCUCGUCAUCGCCCUGCUUGUGGUCGGCGCUGCGGUCGGCAUUGGCGUCGGCGUGUCGAAGGCUGUAGGCGGUGGUGUGACCCAAGUCGGCGGUGGCACGCGGCCCAUCGGUGACGGUCAGAAACGGCUCUAGACCUCCAUUCAACCCGUAUCAACUUCACCCUUUUUUUUUUGCAGUGCACUUGCCAGCCCAAGUGCAGACGAGCCACCGUCCAUCAAGGGAGCCAUCCGCAACUAUGUGGCGCGAAGAGCGCUUCCCUUCUCAAGCCACGCUGCUUGACUGUUCUCACGAACCCACUUUCUGAUACCCGUACAUAUUCUUCUCUUCUUGCACAGUUUGUUGUUUGCAUAAAGGUUAUCAGAGCGUUGAAAUCAUCGGCAUGGCGUCUAGGAAAAGGUUGGAUAGGCCUGCUGAGUGUCUGGUGUCAUAGAAAAUGAGGCAUGGUAGUCAAGACAUGAGUGCAGCGAGCUGCGCCGUUGUGUUUCUCUCAGCUCACCCAUCUCUUUACGGCAACGGAUGCUGUUGUGUGGGGCGAGAGCGAAAAUGCAUGUGGUUCUAUAUGCAGAGGCGGAGACUCGCCUGGGGCAGAAUGGGGAUCGAGGCUGGUUUUCUGUCGUAGGCGCUAAACAAUUCAAAGAUCCGUCAUCGAACAAGGUCACACUGAG